AUGGCCCGAGCUGGCGGCGGUGCUCCCGGCGAUGCGGGCCGGGAAGGCUCUGCUGCUGCCGACCCGUUCAGCUUCAGUCCGGAGCCCACGCUGGAGGACAUCCGGUGCCUCCAUGCAGAGUUUGCUGCUGAACGGGACUGGGAGCAGUUCCACCAGCCUCGGAACCUGCUCCUAGCCUUGGUGAGAGAAGUCGGCAAGCUGGCGGAACUCUUUCAGUGGAAGUCUGAUACAAAGCCUGGUCCUCAAGCAUGGCCGCCAAAGGAACGAGCAGCCCUUCAGGAGGAGCUCAGCGAUGUCCUCAUCUACCUCGUCGCCCUGGCAGCCCGCUGUCGUGUGGAUUUGCCUCAAGCAGUGAUCUCCAAAAUGGACACCAACCGCCGACGGUACCCAGUCCAUCUGUCCCGAGGCUCUGCCUACAAGUACACAGACUUGCCUCGUGGGACCAUCUCUGAAAGCCAGGCUGUGGACUAUUCUGAUCCUGCCCCUGAGUUGAGAAACCAGGCCUCCACCUAGAAACACAGUGUCUCAGCAGCAGAGAUGGACUUGUUCUAAUCUGCUCUUAUUAAACGACGUGUCUGAGG